UUUACUGGAUUAAAGACUCUGUUUUCGCCAAGUCGCUUUUGGGUCCUCUUUCACCUGCAUGACAUUUUCAGUAAAUGUUCCUGUCAGGUUCAUUUGGUUGUUGUUUAGUAGUCACAGAAGAACACAUCUUAUGCAAAUAAAGAAACUGGUUCAGGUCCAGGUUCAUUUAACAUAAUUGUUUAUAUGCAAAAAGAUACAUAAAAGAUGAUGUAACAGAGAAAAAUCUUGUUUACUUGGUUCCUGGUUCCUGUAACUUUCUCCAAGGGCAUGGCUUCCGUUUGUAUAAAAGUAUCUGCUUUGUUUCACAUUACUCUCCUUUGACUUCUUUGUCUCCGUCCUUGGGAUAAUCAAACACACUAAAUUAAAUUCCAAGCUUUUAGGAUUCCUGUACAUAAAGGGACACGGCACUACUUUUAAACAUUCAUUCUCCAGCACCAUACCAGUGUCUACCAGUGGUGGCACUUUAAAUGGGGAGGAUAGUCUCAUAGUAAUGGCUGCAAAGGAAUCAAUGGAAUGGUCUCAAACACAUCACCUGGUUUCCAUGUAUUUGAUACCCUUCAAUUAGCUCCAUUCCAUUCAUUAUUAUGAGCCCUUCUCCCCUCACCAGCCUCCUCUGGUGUCUACAUUUGUGAAAAUAUGUAUGAUGAAAAGUGGUGAAGUGCUCUGUUAAAAACAGUCGAUUCUGUCUUGUUGAAGGCAUGGCUUCCCUCAUGUCUGAGGAGCAGUUUCUGUGCUGUAUCUGCCUGGACAUCUUCACCAACCCCGUGUCCAUCCCGUGUGGUCACAACUUCUGCCUGACCUGCAUCAAAAGCUACUGGGACACCCGCGAGCGCUUCGAGUGCCCCCUCUGCAAGGAGAGCUUCCGCCGUCGGCCAGAGCUACGCAUCAAUCACGUUUUUAAGGACAUCACUGAGCACUUCCAGAGGUCCCUAAAGGUCAAAGCCCAGCAGGCAGAUGAAGGCGAUUAUCAAGACAUAGGAGUAUUAGCGUCACAGUGUUCACCAGGGCUCGGUCCUGAGCCAGAUGCAGUUUCCUGCGAUGUCUGUACCGGGACGAAGCAGAGAGCUGUUAAGUCCUGUCUGGUGUGUCAGGGGUCGUACUGCGAGAACCACCUGGGGCCUCACCAGAGAGAGCCGGCCCUCCAGAGGCACAGGCUGACGGACCCAGCAACCUUCGCCACGCGAGGCCUGUGCCGGAAGCACGAGAGGCCCCUGGAGCUGUUCUGUAGGAUGGACCAGACACCGGUGUGUGUGAGAUGCAAUGAUACUGACCACAAGGGCCACAACACUAUCCCAAUGGAGAGAGAGAGCAAGAAGAUGAGGACUCAGAUGAAGAAGACUGAAGGAGAUCUGUUGAAGAUGGUUCAGGACAGACUGAGGAAGAUGGAUGAGAUCAAACACUCAGUGGAGCUCAGCAAAAUAAGUGCUGAAAAGGAGAUUGAGGGCAGUGUACUAGUCUUUAGCAAACUGGUAUGCUCCAUCAAGAGAAGCCAGGCUGAGCUCAUCGAGGUGAUUGAGAAGAAGCAGAAAGCAGCAGAGAGGCGCGCUGAAGGGCUCAUCAAUGAGCUGGAGCGGGAAAUCAUUGAACUACAGAGAAGAAGCACUGAGCUGGAGCAGCUCUCACACACAGAGGACCAGCUCCACUUCCUACAGAGUUUUCCCUCUCUCUCCACUCCUCCACCCACCAAGGACUGGUCUGAGAUCAGUGUAUACUCCGAUCUAUGUGUGGAUACUGUGAGGGCUGCUAUGUCUCAGCUUGUGGACACCUGCAGAGACUUCGAAAAUAGAUUAUGUGAAGCGGAGCUGAGGAGAACCCAGCAAUAUGCAGUGGACGUCACUCUGGAUCCAGUCACAGCCGCCUCGUGGCUCGUCCUGUCCUCCGAUGGGAAGCAGGUGAGUCUGGGAUACCAGCAGAACCACUCCCUUCCUGCUGACCCUCGGAGGUUUGACUCCUGCGUCUGUGUGCUGGGAAAGCAAGGCUUUGCCACCGGGAGGCACUACUGGGUAGUCCAGGUGGGCGACAAGACAGACUGGGAUGUGGGCGUGGCUAAAGAGUCUGUCAACAGGAAGGGGAGUGUCACGGUGAGGCCGGACCAAGGCUACUGGGCUGUGUGCCGGAGGAAAGGCAGCCAUCUUAGCGCAUGUGCCGGGCCAUCUGUCCCCCUUCACCUGAGAAAGAAGCCGCGGAAGGUUGGGGUGUUUGUGGAUUUCGAGGAGGGAUUGGUCUCCUUUUACAAUAUGGAGGCGAAGGCUCAUAUUUAUAGUUACAGGGGAUGUGGCUUCACUGAGACACUGUAUCCGUAUUUUAACCCCUGUCUCCAUGACGACGGGAAGAACACUGCCCCAUUGGUUAUCUGUUCUGUGGAAGGGGAGGCGGGGCCUAUACAGGAAGUUGCGAGGUCUAAUAUCCCGCCCGCGGCUCUGGCGUUGGCUGGGAGGAGCCGUCAAUCAUCUGUUGGCUCUGUUUCGCAACACUUCUGAGGCUGUUAUCUGACAAGGGACUUUGAGAGAUACUUCUGAAAAAUACUACCUGUGUUGAUGGACAGAACCAAUGACAUAAGCAUAAGAGUUAAAUUAUGAUUUUGUAUCCAGAUUUGGUAGAAUUGAUUCUUAUAUUUCAUAGCUUAUUGCGCAAUCUCACCUUGAGAUUGUUUUCUUACUAGCUUUCUACAUUUUGAGGAGAAAGAAAGAAAUGAGAGGAUAGAGAGAGAAAAGGGAGGAGUGUAGAACAGGUAGGUGGUUACGGGCAAAACAAAACAGACGUUGUAUGUGAUGCUCGUGUAUGUGAUGCUCGUGUAUGUGAUGCUCGUGUAUGUGAUGCUCGUGUAUGUGAUAUGAUUUCAUGUCUGUUCGAACACAGGGGUUCCCUGAGAGAGAAAGAGAGCAGGGUUAGAAAGAGGGAAAGGAGAGUGAGGAAAGGAGGGAGAGAGACAGAGAGGUGUGAGAGAGCGGGAGGGUGGGGUGUAGAAAGCAUGUGAGAUUGAAGAGAAUGCUAGACAGGGAGGGAAAAGUGAGAGAAAAGAAACAGAAAAAGGAGUAACUUCCUCAUUGCUACAUGAAAACAUAGAAAUACAAUUUAUUGCAAAGGGUCAAGGUUGGGGAGGACCACCUGACCACCUGACUCCACAGCUCCCAACUGACAGAGGGACAGAGAGAGAUGGACACCUGUUCAUUUGGAACACUCAGACAUGUGUUACUAAUCUGGUAACACAGGUUGGGGACCUGGACAAGUUUGGGUGCAAGAGGGGUUGGAUCAAAGCCACAGCCCAAAGGGCUCAGAAUGACACUGAGCCAAUCGUGUUGGAGGGGAAGUGCCUGGUGGUUUGUGACUCCACACCCUCAUCGGAACCUUCGGGUAACGCUCUGGGGAUGUCGGUGCGGUCGGGGACUGGUCGAGUGGC